AUGCAUGUGUAUUUGUCCGUCAUCAACAAGUACACCGUGAUUGUGUUCGGUUUCCCGGCGGUGCUCACCGGAAUCCAGUACGCGACCUCCGCCGGUGCCGUCUGGGUGCUCGGGGGGCAGGGAUUCCUGACCCACAACGCCUUCUCCAUAGAGACCGCCAAGAAGUUCCUCCCGCGGCCGUCGUCUUCUACCUCGCCUAUCUUCAUCCACACCCAGCUUCUCCUCGUCAUCGACGCCGAUGCCGCCUUCCGGAAGCAGCCAUUUCCGUCGAAGCUCCUCUUCACGUCUCUGGUCAUCAUCCUUGGCGGCCUCGUCGUCUACGUGGCGACCGGCUCCAUUUUUUUCGUCACGGCCUACGCGUGGGCGACUGCGUACCUCCUCGUCGUCACCACCGGGAUGGUGCACAUCAAGCAUAUAGUCAUCAACGCUUCGUCCUCUACGACAACCUCCUCGCCCUGAUGAUCGCCCCCCUUUUCUGCUUCGUCACCAGUGAGUAUGGGGGCGUGUUCGACCCGGCGGCGGUGUGGGCGGUGUUCAUGUCGCGCGCAUUCGCCCUGUCGAUCCGAUCAGCUUCUUCGGUUCGGGACGAGGAAGGCGAUCUCGGCGACGGUGAUCACUUUGACCGGCGUGGUGAACAAGCUCCUCACGGUGGCGGUCAACGUGGUCAUCUGGAGCAAGCAGGCGGCCCGCUAA